CGCGCGCUCUGUAGUAUGGCAUCGAGGAGAAUGGAGACCAAACCUGUGAUCACCUGUCUCAAGACCCUCCUCAUCAUCUACUCCUUCGUCUUCUGGAUCACUGGAGUGAUCCUGUUGGCUGUUGGAGUAUGGGGAAAACUCACGCUCGGCACCUAUAUUUCCCUCAUUGCGGAGAACUCCACCAAUGCUCCUUAUGUUCUGAUUGGGACCGGCACCACUAUCGUCAUUUUUGGCCUGUUUGGAUGUUUUGCAACUUGCCGAGGCAGCCCAUGGAUGCUGAAGCUGUACGCCAUGUUUUUGUCCCUGGUGUUCCUGGCCGAACUGGUAGCUGGCAUAUCCGGGUUUGUGUUCCGUCAUGAGAUCAAGGACACCUUCCUUAGGACUUACACCGAUGCCAUGCAAAAUUACAACGGGAACGAUGAGCGAAGCCGGGCAGUGGAUCAUGUGCAACGCAGCCUGAGCUGCUGUGGCGUGCAGAACUACACCAACUGGAGCACUAGCCCAUAUUUCCUGGAUCAUGGCAUCCCACCCAGCUGCUGCAUGAACGAAACCGACUGCAACCCCCAGGAUCUCCACAACCUGACCGUGGCCGCUACCAAAGUUAACCCGAAGGGAUGUUAUGAUCUGGUGACCAGCUUCAUGGAGAUUAAUAUGGGAAUCAUCGCUGGAGUAGCUUUUGGGAUUGCAUUUUCCCAGUUGAUUGGCAUGCUGCUGGCCUGCUGUUUGUCUCGAUUCAUCACGGCAAAUCAGUAUGAGAUGGUGUAAGGGGAAGGAAGUCUUUCAAGAACAACGAACUCAGAGGCCUGUUUAUAAAAGAACUACAGCAAUGUUUUGAAAGACUUCCAAAGAAUUUUUAGAGCAAAAUAGAUAACCCUGACACCCCUACCCCCCACCUUUAUCCCCAGCCUCCACUUUACCCUCAGUGUGCAACCAAUCCUCCCUCACAGUCUCUGCACCACCUUUCACCCCAAAUUAUGUGUAGUGUUCCAGUUUAUGAAGCCCUGUUGUGCCAGAGUGUAACCAGGCCCCUCUGCAGCUAGUCUUUAGUGGACCCCAACUCCCCACCCCCCCUAAGGCUCUGUAUGUGUCAGCCAAUUCCUCCACUUAUAUUGGAUCCAACAGCAGUGCAGUGUAGGUGACCGGUUACCACUCCAUCACUGGCCCCAUUGGCCCUGCAUGUAGUGUGGGAGGCUCCUGUUUACCCUUUACCAUGAUCAAUAAAUGUACCUUCCUGUAGUUAAACAGAGGAUAAGGAUCUGUUCUCUUGACUUAAUUGCAUUUCAUUUGGUUUUCCCUUUACUAAUGCUCUUUCGUACUUUCUUCAGACGGCCCAGGUCUUGGAGAGAAACACAUUGGUUAUUAUCAUUUGAUGGGGACAAAAGCGAGUGUCAUGCAUGAGGGAUAUUGAUGUUGAGUUUAGGUGGCCUCCUGACUCAUCGUCGUAGAUCUGGGUAGGUGGAGACAUUGUAGCAGCCCCUGGAUUCACAGUUGAAACCUGUAUAUUCCUCUUACUACCACGGUGUGCUGUUGCUUCCUGUGAAAAGACCUUUGUUUUUUAAAUUCUCUCUUCCGUACUUUCUUGCAUUGACAUCACAGACCUGGAGGGCCUCAUCAAAUCAAAAUUAAGAAUGAGUGUGAAGGGAAAACAAAAGUCAGAAUAUUUUCAAAGGAACUUUCAAAAACAAUGCCUCUGUCUAGCAUGCAAACAAGAAUGCCUUGAUAUUGUGGACAUUUGUGAUCUAUGUAUUAAUAAAUAGAGCCAUUAAAAACU